AUGCCCUGGAGAGAAUUUCUACCAAUUGCUCGAUGUCAGGGUUUGCCCGUAUCCAUUGGAAGACCAGGGACAAUUCUACAAGCCGUUCAAGUUGAUAGUCCACGAGAGAUAGGUAUGGUGGCAUUCGCCACAUGGGCGAUCAUCAAUGACCAAUGGGAUCAAGCUGUACAAAUGGACAGCGGGAUUGACCGGGGACGUAUAAAAGCCGCAGCUCAUGCCCUCACUGAUAUUUCUUACAUGGCGAUGCAAAAGCCCGAAUGGCGGGAAGUGAACUUAUUUAAGUGGUGGAAUAUCUUACACGAAGCUCUCUUGGACCCGGAACUGACAGUGGCCGGUUACAAAGCACGUAUUCGUGGUGAAAAUACGCCAACAACACCCAAGGCCAAAUCGAAAAAUAGCAAACCAAUUAUUUUACCGGAUGUAGAGGACUCAGAGCAACGAAACGAGAACAUCAGUUAUAAUGAUACUGAUAAUAUACCUGAGGGGAAGAAGCUCUUGUUCUUUAGCCGUGAUAGAGUUGAUGAUGAUGAUUUGGAGGAUGAUGACGACAAGGAAUGUGAGGUGGAAGCUCUCGGUUCGAAAAUCAAGCAUGAGACAUCUCGCUGGCAAUUUGCCCUUGGCCAAGAUUUGGAGCCUGCUCAUUUGGCUACUCCGGAUACCUCCAAAUUUUUCAUGGUCCGUCAGCUUCGAAAAGACCCAAACAAGAUCGACGUUAGAGAAUAUCCUCAUGUAGCUGGAUUUAACUGGAAUGAUAAAGAGGUCGUAAAAGCUUUAAAUAGAGGAAGAAACCAGAUCAUCCUUCGAACUAAUGGUCCUAAAGUACCAGCUAGAUUGGCAUGGUCGCAAAUUGAAAAGGAUCUCUUGCGCCACCAAGUAAUCAAGGGUCUCAAACAUGGCUACACGAAAAAUAAUAUGCCAUGGAAUCAAGUUGCUCAUAAUAUCAAUGUCGAUUUGGAAAAAGUCACUCAAAGACAAGGCUCCUCCCUCGCCAGACCAAGCAAAUGGAAUCCUAAGACAAAACAACAAGACUACCACACAAAGAUACACCUCAAAAUGCAAAAAGAUCGUACUGGUUCCGAACGUAAUGCGACUGGCUGCAUGAAUCAGUCCAACAAAUUUGGCGACAUCGAUGCACUACUUCGAAACAGUGUAGAACAGCCGAACAGACGUGAGACUUUAGACCAGAUGCUCAAGAUGAUUCAUGAUGCCGAUCAUCUUAGUCCACUUCCCAGAGUUCUUUCCGCUGCUAGUGUAGGAGAAGAUGUUGAAAUGCAACUGGAGGAUGGAGGAGGAUCUUCGGGCGAUGAACCUUCUUCCACGCAAAGUGAUGGAAUGCAGACAGAUGGCGUCGAUGACUAUUCAGAUGAUGAGUCACUCAUGAAGCGUAAGAAAUCAGAUCUUGUUGCUAAUAAGUCAUUGGGCAAUGAAGCUCCAUGA